AUGGGGGCGGCGUGGGACCGUCGACAGCUCAGGCCUGUUCUAGGAGCCAAGCUGCUUACCGUUCUCGUAGCGUUUCGCGUUUUCAACGCCCUGGUGGUUCGGACAUCCUUCACGCCCGAUGAGUUCUGGCAAGGGCCGGAGCCAGCACACCUUCUAGCCUUCGGAUCAGGCCAUCUGACCUGGGAAUGGGAACAGACCGCCCGCAUACGAGGAUUUACCCACCCUCUCAUCUUUGCUGCCGUGUACAAGGCGCUCCAGAUCUUGGGCCUGGACACGAGGUGGGCGGUGGCCCACUCCCCCAAGCUCCUCCAGGGGGUCAUGGCCGGGGUGUGCGACUACUGCGCGUUCGGGCUAGCGCUGCGCGCGUUCGGCGCCGCCGCUGCCGGCUGGGCCCUCCUCUUCCAGGUUCUGUCCUGGUUCAACUUCUACUGCCUCGUGCGGCCCUACUCCAACAGCGCGGAGGCCGUCCUCGCCACCGCCGCGCUCUUCCAAUGGGCUCCUCACAUCCUGUCGGCAUGCAGGAAGAGCGCGAGGGGGGAUGCUGUCGGGAGGAGGGAUAGCGCAGGCACGCGGGGGGAGACUUGUGCCCUGUUGCUCGCUGCCCUGUGCGUCGCCGUGCGACCGACCAGCGCGGCGCUGUGGGCGGUGACGGGCAUGUUCCGCCUCUCGACCCUGCCGAUCAAGCGCUGGCCGCGCUACCUGGCGCUGACGGUGCUCCCGCCCGUGGCGACCGUGGUCGGCGCCUCCUUCUACCUCGACUCCAAGCUCUACGGCACGGCGACGCUGGUCCCCCUAAACUUCCUCCGCUUCAACGUGCUGGAGGGCAAGAGCCGGAUCUUCGGCGAACAGCCCUGGCACUGGAACUUCUCCCAGGGACUCCCGGCCGUCCUUGGGGCGGCGCUGCCGCCGGCGCUGUGGGGGCUUUGGAGGCCCUCUGGCGAGGGGGGGGUGGGAGGGGGGGCGGGGAGUGGUGACCGCCGCCGGCUUGGUUGGCUUGCUCUCUGGUUUCUGGCGUACCACAGCACCAGCCCCCACAAGGAGUUCCGCUUCCUCCUCCCGGUGCUCCCGAUCGCGCACGCCUACGCGGGGCAAGCGGUCUCGGCCUUCCUGGCCACCCCUGCGACGACGGCGGGGCCUCUUGCUGCGAGCAAUCGGCAACGGCAAGGGCUGCCACCGCAAGGGCGGCGGCGGCGGCUUGGGACCGCGAUCGCGGUGGCCCUGUUCGUCCUGCACGUCCCCGCGGCGGUGUACCUCUCGGUGUGGCACCAGGGAGGCGCGCUGGCGGCGGUGGACGCCGUGGCGGAGAGGGUCCCCGCCGUCGUGGCAUCAAAGAUAGCGGCGGCGGCGGCGGGCGAUGGUUGGGAGGCCGGAGGGGCCCCGCGGCUGGGGAAAGGGGGUGACGAUGGUGACGCUCCCUCAGAAGUGGCGGUGCACUUUCUCAUGCCGUGCCACUCCGCUCCGCUGCACAGCCACCUCCACUUUCGCGGCUCGGAAGGGGGGCUCUGGUCCGGCAAGCCGUCUCUUUGGUCGCUGGAUUGCUCUCCGAAAAACCGCGAGCUGCCCGGAGGGAGCGAGUCGGACAAGUUCCAGGCCGACCCGCUGGCGUUCCUGCAGUCCACGUACGGCCUCCUCGUGUCCGGGGAGGAACAAGAUGAUGAUGAUGAUCAUGAGGUAACCAAUGCCGUCGUUUCACCCCCCGACCUCGCGGUCAUGUACGACACUCACCUGGCUAGGCCGGGCGUGGCGGAGUACCUGAGCGGUCGCUUGGGGCUGGUGCCGACGGAGGUGUUGUUCCACGCACACGUGAACGGAGACGCUGACAGCGAUGAUACGCACAGGAACGUUCACGUUCUAGAGCGGGGGGUUCGGCGCCGCUUCGGGGCGGUAGAGGGAACAACGUCGUUUGAAGCCGGCAGGGAUGAGAUGUAG